AACCUUGUCGGACCUUUGCAGAAAAUACUGCGAAGAAAUUAAGAAACAUUUGUCUACUUAAAGAGAGUUAAGGAGUUGGUUCCCCUCCUUCCUCACCCGCGCACUCGACAUUUCGUUGGCAGUUGUGGUUUUUGCUCAUGUCCAUCUCCAAAAAACCAGGAGAAGUGUUAAUGCAUAGAAAUCAGUUUAAGAGUUUUUAAAAUCCAUUCAGCGUUUUGGUUGGAUAACAGUUUUUGUUUAUUUGGACCUCCAGGCUGCAAAACAGCAUUGAUCAUCGAGUGUGGACACUACGUUUUAAGUAUCGGCCUCCUAAAAUAUAACCAGAAUGUCGGCUUUACCGGGAUCAGUACCUCGGAUGAUGAGGCCAGCACCAGGACAGAACUAUCCUCGCACCGGCUUUCCCUUAGAAGUUUCCACACCCUUGGGUCAAGGGCGUGUGAAUCAGCUUGGCGGGGUUUUUAUUAACGGCAGGCCUUUGCCUAACCAUAUUCGACAUAAGAUCGUGGAAAUGGCGCAUCACGGAAUUCGGCCGUGCGUGAUAUCGCGCCAGCUACGGGUCUCCCACGGCUGCGUGUCCAAAAUCUUGUGCAGGUAUCAGGAGACUGGAUCCAUCCGCCCUGGAGCUAUAGGGGGAAGUAAACCCAGGCAGGUGGCAACGCCGGACGUAGAGAAAAGGAUAGAGGAGUACAAACGCGAAAAUCCCGGCAUGUUCAGUUGGGAAAUACGCGACAAACUGCUGAAGGACGGGGUGUGUGACAGAAGCACAGUUCCUUCAGGUGAGGCAUCACCUGUGAGCUCGAUAAGCCGAGUGCUGCGCGCCCGAUUUGGCAGAAAAGAAGACGAAGAGGAUUGUGAUAAAAAAGAUGAAAGUGGAGAGAAGAAAACUAAACACAGCAUUGAUGGCAUACUGGGUGAUAAAGGGAGUCGUGUAGAUGAUGGCUCAGAUGUGGACUCAGAGCCAGACCUGCCGCUGAAAAGAAAGCAGCGACGCAGUAGAACCACGUUCACUGCUGAACAGCUGGAGGAGCUGGAGAAGGCCUUCGAAAGGACGCACUACCCCGACAUAUACACCCGAGAGGAACUGGCUCAAAGGACUAAACUCACAGAAGCUCGAGUACAGGUGUGGUUUAGCAAUAGACGAGCCAGAUGGCGCAAACAGGCCGGAGCCAAUCAGCUUGCAGCAUUCAACCACCUGUUACCAGGAGGCUUUCCAGCAACAGGCAUGCCCACUCUGCCCACAUACCAACUCCCUGAGCCCAGUUACUCUGCCACCACACUAUCACAGGAUGGCAGUAGCACAGUGCACCGGCCGCAGCCUCUGCCCCCCUCCACCAUGCAUCAAGGCAGCCUAUCCAGUGACAGCAGCUCCGCCUAUGGCCUCUCGUCCAAUCGACACAGCUUUUCCAGUUACACUGAUACUUUUAUGAGCCAGUCAGCAUCCAGCAACCCCAUGAACCCCGUCAACAAUGGCCUCUCUCCACAGGUUAUGAGCAUCCUGAGCAACCCAAGUGCCAUGGCUCCUCAGUCGCAGCACGACUUCUCCAUCUCGCCCUUGCACGGCGGGCUCGAGGCUUCCAAUCCGAUCUCAGGAAGCUGCAGUCAGCGCUCUGAGCCCAUCAAGACAGCAGAAAGCCUGGCUUCAUCUCAAUCCUACUGCCCACCAACCUACAGCUCCACCAGCUACAGUGUGGACCCCGUCACAGCUGGCUACCAGUAUAGCCAGUAUGGCCAGACUGCUGUAGACUACCUGGCUAAGAAUGUCAGCUUGUCCACCCAAAGGAGGAUGAAGCUCGGGGAGCACUCAGCCGUCUUGGGACUGCUUCAAGUAGAGACGGGCCAAGCUUAUUGACAACCUCGUCCUCUGGAGCGUCGCUUCUCUCUUUCACCAGCAUCCCUCCAUCCGCUGAGCUGCGCAAGAGAAAGGAGAAUUAGAGAAAUUCAUAGACAGCCUUAGAUUCAUAACCUAUGGCUGAGUGAAUGCAUAAGCCAUUUAAUAAACAGACACUCUAGUGCCGCUUCUCAUCUCUCUCCUUCUCCAAUCCAGUUUUUGUCCCCAAGUGAUCAUUUCCAUGAAGAGACUUUUUCACAAUUUUGGAGGAGAAAGCAAGCAUUUCAGCAGUCAAUGUUAACACACCUGGAUAUGGUUUGGACCAUGUUAAUGUUUAACAGGACUUAAAAUGAUGGUAUUACAUUUAUAUUUGAUAAAAUGAUUGUGGUUGUUUCUAUUACUGUUACAGUUAUUAUUAUUGUUAGAAACAUUUUGUUUACAUUAUUUUUUUUGGUUUCUCAGCAAGUUUCUAACACACCCAUAAACAGAGAGGCUGUUGCCCAGAGUGCAGGUUAUUUGUCCUUUUAGUCUAAGUUUAACAUUCAGGCAGAUCUGGACCUGUCAGUGGGGUAUCUGGCUCAGCUGUGUCUUCUGGAAGGGUCUGGCAAAUAAAGACUCCAACAAGAGUUUCAAUCCUUGCCCCUUUGUUCCCACAUGGAUUAUCCACUGGGAAAAGCCAAAACAGUUAGAAAUUAAAACCUAAAGUAGCCCCUUGUCCUACACCAUAGGUAAGUUUUAGAGUGAAACAUUUUAGCAGCAUUAUCUGUACUAUUUGUUUUCAAUUGAGUAAAAUAACAUUGCAUUCCUGAAGCAUUAA